AUGGAUGGAUCCCAUCAUAAAACCGCCAAUUACGACCAACAGCCUCGAACUCCAUUGCAUCCCCGAGCAAAUGAGGAGUUCCAGACGGUGCCAUCGAUGACCAGGUUAGCGGACCUUCAAAUGGAUUUAAAUCCCGAUCUAACGGAUGAUGAAACUGAUAAUAAUAAUGUAAAUAAAGGGGAAAGAUAUGAUGAUGGGGAAUGGGACGAUGAUAUGGGUGUUAGUAAAGAGAAUUUACAAAAUGGUGAGAAAAGCAAUGACUUAAAUAAUCAACUCACAGACAACAAUAAUGAUAAUGUUGAUGUUGAUGAUGAUGAUGAUGAUGAUGAAGAUAUUGAUGACGAAAUGUUUAAUAGUGAUGAAGAGGAUGAGCAAUUUGAAGAGGUUUCUCAUAAACGAAAAGUGGACGAAGUUUAUAAUUCUGGUGAGAAGUUUGAUUCUGACAUCGAGCCCACUUGGUCGGAUUUUGAGCCUGUAAACUCACCAUUUAGCAAUAAUGAUGAUGAUCUAACGAAACUUGAGGACUUGGGACGAUGUCAACAGAAGCGGCUCAGCUCAUCGCAGAACUCGAAAUUGAUCGCAUAUAUUGAUCAUGAAUUACUAAUGAUCCAGCGAAAGUUUAUCCAGUCAUUCAGCGACGAUGAGUCGCGAGGGGAUCAACGUCUUGGGUACCAUUCCCUAUCAGAGUUAUUAGUGGAUUUGAACAAGAUUACCGAAUUUAUUUGGUAUACCGUAAAAGUCACCCAGCGAGGAAACGGUAAAUGUAUGAGAUCAUUUUAUCAAGGGCAAUAUUUCAUCAAGAUUGCUGGGGAUUUGGUGGAUUAUUUGCAGAAAUAUUCGAUGCUGGAUAGGAAAGUGUUGAAGGCGUUAAUCUUGUUUGUGCAAAAAUUGGACCAGAUAUUUGUGAAGAUUGUUGAUGAUUUACAAGGGUUUGAUUCUACUGAGAAGGUCAGAUUGGUAUCGAUCACUGAAAGAACCAGGGUAGCUGUGAUUAAUUUAACCAUCAAGUACCAGGUGAAUGAUUACAAGUAUGAAAUUGGAAGGCUAUAUGAAGGGAUCAUUGAUAAGAUUUCUGAAUAA